UUGUGGCUUUCCUGUGUUGCGUUUAAGGCCCUGCAUUUGUAUUUAUACUCCACGGGUCAGUCCACAGAGUCACCUUGUUGGUCCUAAUGUCACAGUGGUACCAAAAUAAAACCCUGCUCAUGUGCCUCCAAGUAAGAGCCCAAGGCUCAUGUCCCAUAUUCUUCACAUAUUCCUGUAUAAAUACAGAAACUAAACAGUCGGUUGGAAUAACUUCGACCCCCCCACCCAGCCUCCCAAUACCAAAAUAUUUCCUCAUGGAGUAUUUUUGCUUUGCAGUAUUGGGAGCAAGGGUGGGGCGGAACAACAUAUUUUGCAUAUCACGUGACGCCGUAUUAACAAAUCAACAAUUACCUUGCCUUUAUUCUUCAGGAGUUGCUAAAAGGCUUGCAAGAAGCGUUUGAGGAGAGCUCCAUGGAAAUGUGUGAGCGGAAUCCUUUAAAUCCCGGCUAUGUUGGUUCUCUGUUGAAUUUCGCUCCCCCCGAGUCGCUGUAUUUCUCCAACUUGCGCGGCAAUGGAGCCCACAUACCAGGACUGCAUCAGCUCCCUUACAAUAGGAGAGAGGUGUGCACGCUCCCGUGGACUUCCUCAAGUUCGUGCGCGUCUGGACCAGCAGCACCGCCGCCGCCGCCACAGAGCCGCGCCUUUGGCGGCUACUGUCCGCCGUUUCUGUCCAACUCGGUGUCUGUCAACACGAACUCCUCCAGCGGCCACGUCAAGGCGCAUUUGGAGGAGCCUGCUCGGUGCUUCCACGACACCGGCCACAAGACCGCGGAGUCUGGCAGACAGGAUGAAGUUUACGCCGCGGAGCACGGUGCCCGCGGUUAUUCAGAUCACGGUUCUGCGGCGCAGCUAGAUCCGGAUCCAGCGGGUCCGCUGAACGUGAACCGCACCAAACAGCAGCAGAAUCCCAUUCACACGUCAUCAAGUAACACAUGCUCCAGGACGACUUUUCCUCAAGGUGCCUCGUGGUGCUCGUCACAAGUGAAAACAAGGAAGAAGAGAAAACCUUACUCGAAGCCACAGCUCGCUGAACUUGAGAGCGAAUUUAUGAUGAAUGAAUUCAUCAACAGACAGAAACGUAAGGAGCUGUCAGGCAGACUGGACCUGAGCGACCAGCAGGUGAAAAUAUGGUUUCAGAACCGGAGGAUGAAGAAGAAACGACUAAUGAUGCGCGAUCAAGCUUUCUCCGCAUACUGAUGACCUUUUGGACUUGAUCGUGACCAGCAGAGCAUCAGAAGUGAACACAGUGUGCCAAACUUGUCCCCUAUAAAUUACUUUCUGUCACUGAAUUGUUAGUAACGCAUUUAGUGGCUGGGUUGUGUUCAGACGUUUUUUUUUUCUUUUUUUAAUGAAUGAAACGUUGAUUUUGUGAACUGGAAUACACACCGCAUGAUUGUCACACCAGAGACAGGGUUUCACAUCUACGCUCCCAUCUGUGGUUAGGUUUAAAGCACUUUGGUUAAGAUUAAUAUAAAGCUAAUGGUUUUAGUUAAAUGUAAAUAUUCGCCGUGUCAUAUCCUGUGGCACAUUUUUAUCCAGUCACGAGACAAAAAUCACAGAAAAUUAAAAAGAAAUUUCAUUGUACAUAUGUUUUACGCCUGCUGCUCAUUUUUGAUUCUCCUGAUGCGCCUGUCUGGCCUGCAGCGGUGCGUAAUAUUUAAUCUUUUAGCCCACGUCUUUCACAUCCAGCUAAAAUGUGAGACUUAUUUCAACUGUGAUGUGGAUCGAUGUGUUUUGUGAGUGUUUUGUGUUGCGGCCUGCGCAUGUAGCGCAGGCUUAAUAUGGAAGCCGACAGUCAAGUUCAUGUUUACGGAUGGAUAAAACUUUAGCAAAAGUCAGUAUUGAAAAAAAUAUUAUAACUGCAUGCCCCUUUAUCGAUUGCUGAUGUUUAAUUAAAUGUCUGAUUCCCUAUUUUCAUUGUAAACCCGUCUUAAAUGUCGCAUUGCUUAAGAAAUCGUCGCAUCCUCGGUCUUCGCUCCUCAUCCAGAAUGUGUUUACUUCUAAAGCAAAAAUAAGUUUGUGACUGUGAAACAUUUUUAAUGGUGUUACGUCAAACGACAUUAUAUCUGUUGUAAAUUACGCGCGUGGAUUAUUCUUGCCUGACCGUCGCAUUGUAACAAAAAUGUGGAUAUUUGUGCAAUCCCAAAUCCGAUGUUUGCGCCAUGGAGGAUCCGUCUCGAUUCGUAGAUUCUGUACUUUUAAUUACACAAUUCAAGGAUAAUGCGGGUUGCAUUUGACAUAUUUAACUGUAAUUUCAUAAAGCAUGAUAUUAGGCGUAAGAAUGAGAAUUGCACCAGCCAUCUUUUUAUCCACGGUAUCCAUGAUGUUUUGUAAAGUUGACGCCUCCUGAAGGCAAAUAAAGAUCUUUCUUUUUUUUUUUUU